AUGCCGUCUCUCCUCGACUUACCGGAUGAGCUCCUCUCUCCGAUCCUCGCACUUGUCUCCACCGCCCCCUCCGACAAGAAUCCAACGGAAGUCCUCAUCGCCUCUUAUGGAACGUACCACGCCACCGCAUUGACCUGCAAACGCCUUCACUUCAUCACCCGCCCGCUGCUCUACGAACGCAUCACCUUCGCCGACGGCAACGUACCAGAUUCCUUCUGCAUAUCGAGUCACCGGCACGUGCGACUCCUCGCUCGAACGCUGUGCGAAACGCCGCAUUUGAGGCCGCUGAUCCUCUCUCUGAGCCUCCACCGGUGCCUUGUGCCGCCGUACGACCCAGCUAGGAAUGCAGUGGGCGACGUUGCCAAGCUUCGCAGCCUGGUGAAGCAGGUGGUCGAGUGGGGCAUGGAAGAUGACAGGGUGAUUGAGGUCGGGAAGUGGACAUGCCAGGCGGUGUGGACUGCGGUCCUGAUUCUGCUUGCGCCAAGAGUGAAGCACUUGUCCGUCGAUAGGGAUGAGCUCGAAACGGGUUUGCGUUAUGGUCCACACUGGAAGCCAAACUGCCUGGACGAGGUGAUUGGCAUGCUUCAAGAGACGCUUGAUGCUGAGCGAUUGACAACACCGCUGGGGAAAUUCGGCAUGGACGACAUCCGGAGCUGCGCUCUCGACAACGUCUCACCGGUUGUCCUGGGGGGCUUCAUGAUACGCCCGGCAAUGCGCGACGUCAGGGCGAGCUUUCUCCAUCCGCGUGCUCGGUCGUGGCUCAGAGCUCUGAAGAACCUCCCGGCUGGCUCGAACGACGUAACAUCGAUAAGCUUGACCGAUGCCGCCAUUCGACCGGAAUGGAUGCACAGGGUCAUCGCAAGUUGCCGCCGCCUGAGGAAUCUACGCUAUGAAAUCGUCAGUGCAGACUUCAUUUCCGGUCCACCAGUCAUGCAUCCGGGACUCGUCGCUGAGGUUUUGAAUACCCAACGUACCUCACUGGAGACCCUUCGGAUCAUCAACUCCACAGACCGUGGCGAUGCAUUCACUGCCCGCACAGGGACUCUGUUCAGGUCCCUCGCCACCUAUCACGCUUUGAUCCACCUCGAGGUCGAUAUCCAGGCUAUCACCGGGCAAAGCGUUCUAGGCGGCCACGAUCUGAUGAGUUUCAUGCCUUUGAAGCUGAAGACGCUCAAGAUUCAGACCCUCGACCUCGCGGAGAAACUUCCAGACAUGAUCGCCCAACUGAGCCCGAUGCAAGACCAAUUUUUGGACGAGCUCACCAUCUCCUGUCCCUUGGCGAUUCCGGGACCGAUCGAUCCCUCGCCACCGAGUGCACACAACGCAGAUUGCUUGAUCGCCCUCAACAAAUUGGGACCGACCAAGUACCGCGGUCAGGAUGUGUAUAUUGAGCAUUGUCGCGGCAAACCGAUUCGGAAUCGAGAAGACCGCUGCCGGGGCCGAAUGGAGGUACAGUGCCGGAACUUGCAAAGACCUGGUUGUGCAAGGCUAGACGACGUGGCUGCAAGACUGAGAGGCGACGGGAUCAUGCGCAUGAUCAGAAGCCAGGUCCCGCAGAUGUGGGAGGAAGAAGUCGUUCUCGGCGAGGCUCUUAUGAGCAUGUUCGAUGGCGUCGAAUCUGGCAGUGAGGCCACAGGAGGCGGUCGUUGA